AUGGACAAGGGUGCUGCAGAACUGAGUGAGAACAUUCUGUGGCUGCCUUUUUCGGGCAUCAUUGCCUUGUAUACUGUCAUUGUGGCUGCAGGCAUAUCCGCAUGGAACCAUGGAACCUUCCAGUACCAAGGACCUGCCAAUGCCAAUGCAGACUAUGCCCCCAUUGUAUUUGUCUCGACAGCCGUCUUGGCACUAUUGUACUCUUUUUAUUACAUGCAAGGUUAUGUCACCUUUUCGGAAUACUUUCGACUCCAAAAGUUGUUUGAAGCAAAAAUACUCAACGAACCUCCUUUGCUCACCGACUUGAAAUAUGGAACCAAGAGGAAUGAAAACCCUGCCAUUCUUUGCGCCGAUCGAUGUGCGGGGAAUCUAUUGGAGCAACUGAUCCCAUUUUUCGUGAGCAUGUUUGCCUACGCUACCUUUGUCGACGCUGGAGGCGCAGCUCGAAUCGCUUGGGCUUGGUUCGCCUUUCGAAUGUUCUACCCAUUUGCCUACAAACGAUUCCCAUUGCUAUUUGCCUCCACAAUACCAUCUUAUUGUUACGUGUGGUAUAUGAUGGGCCAUGCUGCUUAUUCAGCAGCAAUGAUGGAAUAA